AUGGAUCUGGAUUCUCUUCUUCAAGUUCUAAUACCCUCAUGGGAAGCUGUUGCUAUCCUCUUCAUCUUCUUUUUUUACCUGGCGAUUGCUGGGUCUGUUCUACCUGGAAGAAUUAUCCCUGGAGUGAUUUUGUCAGAUCGUACUAGGCUUCAGUAUCGCUGCAAUGGUCUACUCUCUCUACUGCUGCUUGUCGCGCUUCUUGGGAUUGGUGUUAAAAUGAAUUACAUUUCGCCCACUGCUAUAUCAGAUAGAGGACUGGAGCUGCUAUCAGCAACCUUCUGGUUUAGUGUCCUGGCAACAUUUUUGCUCUGUAUUGCUGGCUACAGUUCAAGUAGUCAAAGUUCUUCUCUAAAGCCUCGUGCCACGGGAAAUUUUAUUCAUGAUUGGUGGUUUGGUAUCCAGUUGAAUCCUCACUUUUUGGGCAUUGACCUCAAAUUUUUCUUUGUGAGAGCUGGAAUGAUGGGCUGGCUACUUAUUAAUCUAUCAGUUCUUGCAAGAAGUGUUCUGAAUGCCACCUUGAGCCAAUCGAUGAUCCUCUACCAGACAUUUUGUGCGAUAUAUGUCAUCGACUACUUUGUUCACGAGGAGUACAUGACCUCCACAUGGGACAUAAUUGCUGAGAGAUUAGGCUUCAUGCUGGUAUUUGGGGAUCUUGUUUGGAUUCCUUUUACGUUUAGCAUUCAGGGUUGGUGGCUUUUGACAAACAGGGCAGAGUUAACAACGGCUGCUACCAUAGCUAACUGCUUAGUUUUCUUAAUUGGAUAUCUUGUGUUUAGAGGAUCUAACAAGCAAAAACACAUGUUUAAAAAGAACAGCAAAGCGCUUAUAUGGGGUAAGCCUCCGAAAGUUGUUGGAGGAAAGUUGCUUGCUUCUGGUUAUUGGGGAAUUGCUCGGCACUGUAAUUACCUUGGAGACUUGUUGCUUGCACUUUCUUUCAGCUUACCUUGUGGGAUUAGCUCCCCAAUUCCAUACUUUUAUCCCAUGUAUCUUCUCAUUCUGCUAAUAUGGAGAGAGAGACGAGACGAAGCUCGUUGUGCCGAGAAAUAUAAAGACAUUUGGGCGGAGUACACCAAACUCGUCCCUUGGAGAAUAUUGCCUUAUGUUUAUUAGCAUCAACAGACCGUUACCUGUGCACAAUGUGAACGUUCUUGUCGCCGAGAUGUUCGUCUUCGUCUUAUCUGGUACGCUGUCUUCUAUUCUUCUUCAGGACACAACUUUCAUAUGUUUUCCAUGUUCAUGGAUUCUCUGCAUUUUAUAAGGUUUAUGUUUAGUUGUUUCUGUCUGCUCA